UGAUGACUCCUCGCACCACACACUCUGCAGAACACGGUUUACACAUCCAGGGGUAGGGGGAAAUUCGCCUCUCCUUAGCACAGCCCGUUUUCUCCGCAUCCGAGUCUAGAACCUUGCGGUGGCUGUGCAGUCACUUGCAUCCAACAGCAGCAGCCUCCGGUGCAGCUCGACAACGAGACUGCCCACAAGACUCCGCUUGACGAACGAGAGCCAAGCCGGGUGGCUCAUCAGGUUACUGCUGCAGCUUCAACCUUCCGCCAACCGUUCCCCUGAAUCUCAUAGAUUUCACUCCUCUCCUCUUAUAGAAGACUCAAAUCGAGGCUUACUAGAAGAGCGCGAACGCGAAGGACGCUAGUUAUUCUUUCCCCUUGACCAUAGCACAUCCAAAAGCGAGGGUGUGUUGACUCGUGCAAGCUUGUAUUAUUCUAUUUUCUCCAUUCCGAAUCUCCGCCACCAUCACAAACGACGGCGGGGGGGGGAGGAAUGGCGGACGCAGACCCAUCCUUCGGGCGUGGAGAUUCAUUUCUCCGCAGCGAAGAACCCACAAAAGAGGACAAAAAAUCCUGCGGGAAGGACCCCGAGAAGUGCCGAAGAUGGCCGCGGAGGAGCAUCUUACGGCACCUGGGGGUGGCCGUGGAUUACGGGCUUAUGGCGUUUUUCAGCGUGAUAGCUAGAUUCGUCGCGAGGCGUCCGCUGGCCGUGGUGAUAACGACGGUGGGCGUCGGGUUACUGCUGGGGCUCGGCAUGUUACGCCUCACCGUUGUUACCAAUGUCGAGGACCUGUACACGCCGCAGGGAAACAUCGCCUUCGCGCAUCGGGACUACGUGGACAGCGUGUACGGCUACGAUCAGCUGGACGUGAAGAUCUACGUGACGGGCAAGGGCAACACGGUGGAUAACGUGCUCACCAAGCACGCGCUGCUCGCGCUGCUCGAUGUCUACAACCUCGUCACCAGCACGAAUGCGACGUUCAACGGGACGACGUUCAACUAUGAGGGCGAGCGCAUCUGCUACCGGCCGGGCGGCGCGGGCACGGCGUGCCAGGCGGUGAGCGUGCUGGACUACUGGGGCUUCGACCGGGCCAAGAUAGAGGAGGACGACGACAUCCUUAGCACGCUCAACCGCCCCUACGUGCUGUCGCGGUUCGGGCAGCCCGUACCGCAGGAGUGGGUGAUAGGGCAGAUGACGCAUGACAACGCGACGGGCAGAGUCACGGCCGCCAACGCGUACCUGCUCACGCUCUACCUCCAGAACAACAAGCCGGGCCGCGGCAGCAGGGACGUCGAUAAGUACGUCGAGGCGUGGCAAAAGGCCAUCACGCCCAUCGUUAAGGGGUACUCCAGCCCCCACGUCGAUGUCUAUAUUCUCUCGCCGUGGGAGCAGCAGGCGGCCGCGGACAGCGCGCUUACAACGGAUCUGUUCUUACAGGGGGUCAGCGCGGUGCUUCUUAUCGGGUACAGCAUGCUGAUUCUGCACAAGCCGCAUCCGGUGUACUCUCAGUCGCAUCUCGCCUUCGCGAAUUUCAUCUCCGUGGGGCUCGCCGUGCUGGGAUCGUACGGGUUGUGUUCGCUCGUAGGGUUAGGCUUCUCGUUGGUCACGCAAUCCCUCGCGCUGCUGCUGCUGGGGCUAGGGACGGACGACAUGCUCGUGACGCUCGCGGCGCACGACGACACGAGGAAGGAGAUGGAGGGCGCGUCGAUCUCGGACCGCAUCGUCGCGACCGUGUCGCGCGCGCGCCGCGGGGUGAUCGUCGCUGCGGCGACGAACUUCGUCGCGUUCUGCACGGGGAUCUCGUCGCAGCUGCCGGCUUUAAGAGACUUCAUGAUCUACGCGGCCGUCGGAGUGGUCCUCGUAUUUAUCUACCAGUCGACGUUCUUCGUAGCGUGUCUCACGCUCGACAUGUUCCGGCAGCGGGAAAAGCGGAUGGAUGUAUUCUGCUGCGUCGUCAGCACGGCUGGGCCUAACGACGGUUGCUGCCGACGCCAGUACGACCCGGAAAAGCCGGACUUUUUCCACUCCGUGAUUGGGUCCUACCUCCCCCGGGUGAUCCUGCACCCGGUGGGGAAAAUCGCGGUGUUGCUGGUAACGGCGGGGCUCGUCGCGUGGGGCGCGUACGGAGCGGCGCACGUGCGGAACGACUUUAACAUGGAGUGGCUGGUUCCGAGUAAAGCGUACGUGUUCAAGGUGUUCGAGGUGCGCCGCGCGACGUUCCCGCGGUCCGCGGGGAAAGGCGCGCUCCCCGUAUACGCGUACACGCGAAACCCCAGCAUCAGUGGCAGCGGCAUCAGCGGAAGCGGCGGUAGCGGCACCCCGAUAGACUAUUUCGACUACCAGGACGAGCUCGCGGCGCUCAGUGCCGCACUGCAGAGCGACUUCUACGUGGGGUCGGCGCCGCCCGUGCAGUCGUGGUACGACUGGUACCUCAAGUGGCUCAACGCGUCCUCGCACAAGGGCAGCCUCACGCCGCAAGGACGCCCGCCCACCUCGCCCCUCUUCUACUCAUGGCUGCACGAGUUUCUGGGGACGCUGAUGGGCAAGCGGUUCAAGCCCGACGUGGUGUUCGCGCCCGGGUCCAACGGCACGGUCAUCCUCUCCUCGCGCAUGUUCGCCCUCACCAACGCACUGGUCUACAGCGAAACACAGGUGGAUGCCAUGGUGUCGACGCGCAAGACGGUGGCAGCCGCGGCGCCAUCGCUCCAGGCAUUCGCGUACUCGUACUUCUUCAUCUUCUUCGAGGGCUACGCCGUGCUGCAGCACGACACCAUCCUGGCGGUCGGUGUGGCCGGCGCUGUGGUGUUUGUCAUCAUGCUGCUCGUGCUCGCUGACCUGACCUGCAGCAUCCUGGUGGCGGGCAUGGUGGCGUUCAUAGGGCUGGAGCUGGUGGGCUUCCUGUACUGGUCGGGUAUGGGGUUCAACUCGGUCACCUCCAUCGCUGUGCUGCUGGCUGUGGGCAUCGUCGUCGACUACUCCGCCUUCAUCGCCUUCUCAUACCUCUCCCAGAUCGGCUCGCGGCACGAGAGGGCACACAAAGCACUGGCCCAUCUAGGCGUGGCUGUCUUCAACGGGGGCUUCUUCAUGUUCCUGGCGGUGCUGCCGCUGUGCGUGGCGCAGUCGUUUGUCUUCCAGUCCUUCUUCAAGAUGUUCGCCAUGAUCGUCUCUCUCGGCCUCUGGCACGCGCUCUUCGCCCUCCCAGUCAUCCUCUCCCUCGUUGGGCCCCCACCGUUCGACACUGCGGUGGAGAGGUUUAACAAGCGGUUGGAGGGGGGCAAGGGAGAGGAGGGGAAGGAGGGGGAGGAGGAGAGGAUGGAGGAGGGGCAUGGGAAGGGGUGUGGGAAGGGGCUGUGUGGGGGGGUUGAGUGUGGGGAGAUGGGGACUGAUGGGUGCAAGGGGGAGAUGAUUCGCGACGGGGGUAGCAGCAGCAGCAGCUCGGCGGGGGAUGGGAGUGACAAUGAGGGGCUGGUGGGUCUGGCGAUGGAUCGAGAGCGCAACGGCAGUGGGAGCACGAGUGUGAGUGGGGGGGGGGAAGCGGGCUGAGCAGUGUGGAGGACUGUAGUGCUGAGCUGGAGGCUCCAGUGCCGCAGCAGUUCAGUGUGUGAGGGGCUGGUUGCCCUGGCGAAGCAUCGGGUGCCCAGCAGCGGUGGGAGCAGGAUGGAAAGCAGCAGUGAGGUGCAAACCCCUGUGGCGCAGCAGUUCACCACAGCAGGGUAUACUGGAGGAGGCAUCGUGGGACCGGGGGCGGGGGGGGAGUGUGGGGGAUGAGCGGGAGGGUGGGGGGAAGCAUGGAGAGGGAGAGUGCAGUGAGAUGUGGCACACCAUGCCACACCAUGCCACACCAUGCCAUGCCGCGCGGUAGUAUAAGCUUGCCCAUGUGUGGGUGUCGCUUGUGCACAUGAGUGUGUGUGUGAAGCAGGUGCAUAAUCCCAUUCUGGUUAGUCACCUGUGCGUGGUGCUCCAGAAUGUGAUUAUGCAGCCAGUUUCGACUUCCGAUUUUGAGUGGUUUUGUUUUCUUGACAUUUGAGUAGCUUGCAAGCUGUUACUAUGUGCAUGCUAAUGAAUGAGCUCGUUUUAAUAGGCUGGUGUUAA